UUUGUGGUCGGGCGAUCAAUUUCGGGUUGAGGGCGCGGAGACAGGAUAAAAGGGAAGGGUUGAUUUGAGAAAUGUUCGAACCUUGAAGCCUGUGGAAGAUGGUGUCCGGGCGACUACGGUGGCCCGACUGGGUCAGUUAUGGAUGCUCGCAAGGGUCAACAACGAGGCGACUGAAGGGUUAAGUGAAUGGGCGUCUGAGAUUUGUAGGGGCUCCGUGUUGGCGAGCAGAGGUUCGUGGGAGUCAGUGGCGGGGUUUUUGUGAAGAAGAUGGAUUAGGAGUGUGUGGGAGUUAAUAAAUGAGAGUUCUGUGAAAUGUCUUGAUUGGCGGGGUGCGUGGGCGUCACUUAUAGUGGUCUUAAUGGGUCUGGGCCAGGUGAGGUUCUUCAACCACGCUGAUUUGGAGAGCAUUAGGGCUCAGUGAUUGGGGGUUGUAAGUUCUGUGGGCAGUAAUAGUUUCGAUACUGGACUUGAUGAUUGUGGAAACUUUGGGGUUCAAUUUGGUCCCUCAGUGAUCGAGAUUUCCUUCAGAUCAUCGAUGGAGUAUCUGAGAGUUUUAAUGAUUGGACUUUUCUAGAUGAGAGAAUGGGAAAUAGAGGCAUCAAUGAGGUUCAUUUAUUGGGACUGUCUGUUAUGGGUAGGGAUGGGACUGUGGGGUCCACAACUGCUCCCCAGUCGUUGGGAUAUCAUUGGAGAUAAGUGUGGGUUCUUGAUUGGGAGUUGUGUAAUUCACUGUUUAGCAAUCAGAUUGAAUCAGGAAGCUUUGUAGUUACUGGCCAGUAGCCUUUGGUGGUCAGAUCUGGACAUAUGAGGGUAUCAGUGACUAUGAAAACCUCUGCAGGUUGGAGAUUGGGGGACUGUGAUUGGUGACACCAUCUGUGGCUAUGAUUAGGAUGCUUGGUGUUGAGGAGGCUCAUGAAAUUCAGAGGUUGAGCAUGGGAAAGUCAGGGAUUUGAUGCUGCAACCCUGCAUAAUGGGAACACAUUUCACCCAGGUGAUGCUCCCUACCUGGUCUUUCUGGCAAAGGUAAUGACAUGCUCAUCUUUGACAGUAUCCCAAGAGUGAGCCUGGUUUCUGGAAAUCCAUUCUGGUUCAAUGGCAGCUAGGAUAGAUGUGACCCUUGCCUGUGGUUAGAAAACAAAGAGUUUACUGAAGCUCUCGUCUCUUUUUCCAAGAACAGCAGAAGAUGAUUGAGAACCAGUUUCAACACACACCUGUGUUAUUCAAAGACGUGGUUGUGGGCUUCACCCAAGAGGAGUGGCACCGGCUGAAUCCUGCUCAGAGGGCCCUGUACCGGGAUGUGAUGCUGGAGACCUACAGCAACCUUGUCUCAGUGGGUUAUGAAGGCACCAAACCAGAUGUGAUCCUCAGGCUGGAGCAGGAAGAAGCCCCAUGGAUUUGUGAGGUAGCAUGCCCAGGCUGCCACUGUUGGGAGGAUAUAUGGCAAGUUAGUGUCCAGAGGAAAAGACGGCAAGACAUGUUUUUGAAGCAAGGUGCAUUCAUCAGCAAGAAAACACUGCCCAAGGAAAAAAGCUGUGAAUGUAAUAAGUUUGGAAAAAUAUCACUUCUGAGCACUGAUCUUUUUUCUUCAAUUCAAAGCCACAAUAACUGGGACCCUUGUGGAAUAAAUUUAAACCAUAAUUUAGACUCAAUUGGUUUUAAGAGAAACUGUGCAAAAAAGCAAGAUGAGUGUUACGGAUAUGGGAAAUUGUUGCAGUGUAUAAACCAUGAUAGAAGACCUAAUGGAGAAAAACCCUGGGAAUGCCAUCACAGUAAGAAAGGUUUCAGCCAUAACCCAGCACUUACUUGUAAACCAGCAUUAACCAAUUCUUUUGUAUAUAAACGGAAGAGGGUUCCACCUACGGAAAAACCCCAUGUCUGUAGCGAGUGUGGGAAAGCCUUCUGCUACAAGUCUGAAUUCAUUCGGCAUCAGAGAAGUCACACUGGGGAGAAGCCUUAUGGAUGCACUGACUGUGGGAAAGCCUUUUCACAUAAGUCAACACUGAUUAAACACCAGAGAAUUCACACUGGGGUAAGACCCUUUGAAUGUUUUUUCUGUGGAAAAGCCUUCACCCAGAAGUCACAUCGCACAGAACAUCAGAGGACGCAUACAGGAGAGAGACCGUUUGUGUGCAGUGAAUGUGGGAAGUCAUUUGGUGAGAAGUCAUACCUCAAUGUACAUCGAAAAAUGCACACAGGAGAAAGACCCUAUCGUUGCAGAGAAUGUGGAAAAUCUUUCAGCCAGAAGUCAUGCCUCAAUAAACAUUGGAGAACUCAUACAGGAGAAAAACCUUAUGGAUGCAAUGAAUGUGGCAAAGCUUUCUACCAGAAGCCAAACCUCAGUAGACAUCAGAAAAUUCAUGCUAGGAAAAAUGCCUACAGGAAUGAAAACCUAAUAAUUGUGGGAAAACCAUGAGCAAGAUGUCCAGUUUCAUUAUACAAAGGGGAAUUCAUCCUUAGAAGAAAUCGUAUUGAUUUAAUGAAUUUGGACAAAGUGUUUUAACAGGAGUCAUGCUCCAAUUGUGAUGCAAACUUUUAUAGAAAAAACUUGUGGAAAAUACUUUAUAAAACAUGAAGAUGGUCUGGCAUAUAAAAGUUUAAAAUAUGUUAAACAGAAUGACAACAGAAUACAAAAUACUUAAAGGUGUACUAUAGUAUCCACAGUGAGCCACACAAUCAGCACUAUUUGUAUUCUGGAAUGGUAAAUGUGACUGUAUCAUAAAUUGUAUCAAACACAUACAUUGCAUAGGAUGUAGAAUGCCAUUCACCAAACUUUUCCUCUCUAAAUAUCACUAUUGUCUUUUGAUGUCAUAACAGUACAAAAAAUAACAAGGCCCACUAUUUUAAAAAGAACUUUAUUGUACCAGUUACAUUUCUUCCACCUUUUUGAAAUAAAUGUUAGUGGCUGUAUAGCAGGUGAUAUUGAGCCCUUUUUGGAAUAAUAAAACAAUGUUUUUUAAUGUUCUUUGAUAAGCCAGCCAAAAACCUUACCAAAAACAUAGUUAUUUAUGUUAAAAAUGCAAAGCUAAGAAAUAGUUUAACAACCUGAUAUUGGGUAAACCAAACACUGUAAACCUGAUUACUCAGCACAUUGACUAUUUGACAAAAAGUAGAGUUGCCCUUGUGUAUUAAUAUUAUCCAUUAUUCACAUUUUCUUAGUCUUGCUUAAGAUGUCUUGCAGCAAAUUAGUAGAAGAGAUACAAUACUUUUUAUACAGGUCUUAUAAUUUGGAAGUGUUUCAUGCUGGAACAAUCAAGGAUUGAUUUCUUUUUUGCAAGUUAAGCAAUAUCCAUUUUUAUUCUCUAUAAAUUUCUUUGGGUUUUUUGUUAUUCCAGUGUUUGGGGAAAAAAUAACUGUGUUCUUGAGUUGGCAUGUCAUCCAUAUAAAAAAAGAAAUGAUUGGUAGACUUAAUCAUUCAGUUAAAAAAAAUGAAGGAAAAGAAAAGAAAGAAAGAAAAUGACCGCUUAGAAUCAGUAUUUUUCAAGAUUUGCCUCUGUGCUAGACUGCCUGAUCCAGAAUGAGAAAGGAGACAUAACCACAGAUAUAGACAUGAUUUAAAAAAUGAUAGUAAAAAUACCUCAUACAACUCUAGAUCAACAUUUUUUAGACAGAGGAAAUGGAUGCUUUUCCAGCAAACUAUAAGUUAUAAAAAUUACAAUAGGAAGUAGAAAACUUGACAAAACAGUUACCAUUGAAGAAUUUGAAAAAGUGAUCGAAGAUCUAUAAUGGAAAAAUGCUCCAGGCCCAGAUGAUUUUAUGAUUAGUUCUAUCUACUUUUUUAAUGAACAAGUAAUAACAGUGUUAUUUAUUAAAUGGAUAUAAUAUAGUCCACAAACUGUACUUCCCAUUUAUUUUAUGAAGUCAGAAUAAGUUUAACACCAGAACCAAAUAAAGAUAGUUGCAAAAAAGAAAACUCUAGAUGAGUUUUCUUCUAGAUGAGUUGUUCGUGAAUAUAGAAAUAAAAAUUAUAAUUAAAAUAAUAGCAAAUAGAAUUCAGGAAUAUAUCUAAAUAAUGACAUACUAUUAUGACCAAGUAAGAGUUAUGGAAAGAAUGCGAAGUUCGGAAAUAGGAAAUAUGCCAAUAAAAAAUCAAUAGCUUAGGAAUCAUAUGAACUGUCAAUAGAUGCUGAGAAAGUAUUUAGUAGAAUUUGUAAACAUUUCUAAUCUAAUAAAAUAUAAAUUAAACUAAUAUAUGACAACCAAAAGUGAUUUUGUUGUGAGAACGAAGGGUAUUUUUACACACUGUUGGUGGAAACAUACAUUUUGAAUAGUAAUUCAAAUCACUCUUUUGAAAAGCAAUCUGGUAACAUCUAUUAAAACUUUAAAAACUUGUGCCACUUUGAAGAAUCUUCUUAGAAGUAUAUUAAUAAAAACCCCAUUUAUAAAGAACAGAUGAACAUGGACAUUUAUUAUAAAAUUGUUCCUAAUGGAAAAAACAAAACAAAAAACGAGAAUCAAAGAAAAUAACAUACCCAUGAAUAGGGAAAUUGGAGAAAGAACUACAGUGUACCCAUUUCAUAGAAUGUUUAUAUAGCCAUUAAAGUGGACAAAUUAAAACUAUGCUAGUGGGCAUGAAUGGAAUUCCACAAUAUUUUCUUGAGUGAAAAAAGCAAGAUAAAUAUUAAGUGUGUAAAAUAUGACCUCAUUUUUAUAAAUCAUUAGCAAAAUGUCUGUUUAUGGGUGAUAAACAUGUAUCCAUAUAUGUUUAUGUAUGCUUUUAUAUGCAUGGAUAAAAGUAUAGAAGAAUAUGCAUCGGGUUUGAGGGAGGCGGGUGAUGCAGAUAGGUUAUGGGGGAGUUAGAGGGAGAGGGAAAAGGAAAGCCAAAAAGAAAAAUGUAUAAAUGACUGAACCAAGUAUAUCACAAAUAUGUGAGUAAGUAAAGAAAUUUGGAUGGGGAGAGGAGAACUACAAUUCUACUAAUUUGUGGGAUGUUCAUGGUAUAUAUUAAGUGAAAAGGGGAAAUUGCAUAAUAAUAUGAUUCUAUUUUUUUUUAAAUUAAAAGGUCUGUAUCUGUACAUAUGCAUGUGUACAUGUAUAUGAACAAAGAGAAAAGUAUGGAGAGAUAUAGACCAAGGUGUUCAUUAACAUGGUUACCUUGGAAGAGAAGAGUAAUAAGUUGUUUAAUUUAUAUAUCAUUGUAUUGUUUUCAAUUGUUAACAAUAUAUAUUGCUUUUGUAAUUUGAAAAACAUAAAAUAAAAGGGGAAAGAAAACAUUUCAGAAUGCAUGAAGCCUUGGAAACGUCUCUGUUUUCUGACAAGAUGUCAUGCUGGCUUGGUUUAAUUGCCUUUCCCCCAGCUCAGUCCUGGGGAUAUCACCAGAGUAAAAGAAAGUAUAUAGAUCUGAAGAGCAAAAAGACUUUGAGAAACUCUCAAGUAGAGAAAAGCCUUGUUUUUAUUUAUUUUGAAAUAAUUUUAGACUUACAGAAAAGUUACAAAAGAGAGUUCUCAUAUAGCCUUCA